AUGUAUCAAAAUCCAUCAGAAAAUUAUGAAAUACACGAAAAUAGAACCCAGCCAAAACCAUCAUCGGAUACCUUUUACAAUGGAAACAUCGCCUAUGAUGCCUUUUCCACGACAAGAGAUAAUAAUCUUAACAAUCAUCCACCUUACAUAACUGCGCCAAACGCAACUAGUAAUACCGAACAGUAUUAUUCUACUACCUCUUUUACAUCUGAAUCAACAUCUUCACUCCACAAUUUAUCGAACUCACCAAGUAACUUUCCCCCACAUAAUAAUCCUCCAACUCAUUCACCUGGCAUGAAUAAUGCUAGCUCUUCCCAAAUACAAACGGUUAAAAUUCUCGGUUAUGAAAUUAUUAUAAUCCCCACAUCAUCUCCGUUGGUAAGUCUAACCAGUUUAGACGUGCAGCAUCAACUGCAACAAGUAAAUGCUUAUUCGGAUUAUUCUUCUUAUUCGGUUAAUCCACCACAAUUACAGGAUUAUACAUUUGCAAAUGGAUACGAUCCAACUUUUCAAUAUCCAUCUCACGCGCCGCAGUUGAUCGCUAGUGAUAAGAUUUACCUACCUAGCUCUCCUCAAAUACAAACGGUUGAAAUUUCCGACAUGAAUCAACAAUUUCAACAAGACAAUACUUACGUGGAUUAUUCUCGUUUGGUUAAUCCACCACAAAUAAUUCAACAACACUAUUUUUCUAGUGAAGGUGAAACUUCUAUUAACGAAAAUGUUAUUAACGCUCAUAUUCACGUUUCAGAUAAUACACAACCCCAAUUUCAACAACAAGACUAUUUAGGAUUAAAUGAAUCGCUUAACAACUUUAACAACUUUUUUGGCUGA